UCUAAACUCAUUUUCAGAGAUUAAUCUUGAAAAGUAAAUGGCCUCUUCAGUAUUUGUUGCUCACUUUCUCUGCUUCCUUUUGUUUCAGCUGCACUUCAUAGCUACUUGUUUUCCAUCUUUUUCUUUCAAUUCCUCUUCUUCAACUCCAUUAUGCCACUAUGAUCAAAGUCUUGCCUUGCUUCAGUUCAAAAAUUCAUUUCCUAUUUCAAAAACUAAACUUCUCUUGCCGAAUUCUAAGACUAAAAUAUCGACUCCCAAGACAGAGUCAUGGAAAGAAGGGACAAAUUGUUGCUAUUGGGAUGGGGUCACCUGUGAUAUUGAUACAGGUAAUGUAAUUGGUCUUAAUCUCUCUUAUAGCUUGCUAUAUGGCACCAUCAGUUCUAAUAAUAGUCUUUUCUUCCUUAGUCAUCUCCAAAAGCUCGACCUCUCUGGUAAUUUUUUAAAUCAGUCACAGAUUUUACCUCAGUUUGGCCAAUUCAUUGCUUUGACACACCUUUAUCUAAAUUAUUCAGAUUUUUCUGGCCAAAUCCCACGAGAAAUCUCUCAUCUAUCCAAUCUAAUUUCACUUAAUCUGUCUUGGAAUGAUCUUUCACUAGAAGCCACUACUUUUAGCAAGAUCUUUCAGAACCUUACCAGACUACAAGCAUUGGACUUGAGCUAUGUAGACUUGUCUUUGGUUGGUCCUAGUUCCUACAUGAAUCUGUCUUCUUCUUUGUCAUCUCUCAGCCUCAAGGAUUGUGGCUUGCGAGGAAAAGUUGCUUUUGCUCAUCUACCGGAAUUGCUUUCGCUCAUUCUCUCUUUCAAUGAUAAUCUAACAUUUGAAACAGCUACUUUUGAUAUGCUCGUUCAAAACCUGAGCAAGUUGCAGGAGUUAGACUUGAGCUAUACCAACAUGUCUCUUGUGGCACCUACUUCUUUGAUGAAUCUGUCUUCUUCUUUCUUAUGGCUUGGAUUCGAAAAUUGUGGAUUGACUGGGAGAUUACCAGACAACAUUUUUCAACUACAGAACCUCCAAGGGCUCGAUUUAGGAGGCAAUAACUAUCUCACUGGCUCAUUACCUCGAUACAAUUGGAAUAGUUCCCUCCGGUUCUUAAGUCUUUCAGAGACACAAAUUCCAGUAUAUUUAGAGCAUGACUUUUUCAAGAAUUUAAAGUCAUUGACAGCUAUAGACCUUACAAGUUGCCAUUUCGUAGGGUCAGAUCUUUCUUUGUUUGGUAAUUUGUCGCAGCUCACCGACUUAUACCUCUCAAGUAACAAUUUCAGUGGACAGAUUUCUCCUUCAUUUGAAAGCCUAAAAAAUCUCUCCAGGUUACAUUUUAAUAACAACUACCUCAGUGGUCAAAUUCCUAAUUAUUUUACAAACUUCACUAGACUUGAAGAAUUAGAUUUAUCAAAUAAUAGAUUCAUCGGCCCAAUUCCUUCUCAAGUAGGCAGGCUUCAAAGUCUUGUUUUCCUUUCUUUGUCCAACAACCACCUCAAUGGUCAAAUUCCUCAUUCAUUUGAAAGCCUAGAAAAUCUCUCCUUGUUACUUCUUGAUAACAACCACCUCAGUGGUCAAAUUCCUAAUUAUUUUACAAACUUCACUAGACUUAAAGGAUUAGAUUUAUCAAAUAAUAGAUUCAUCGGCCCAAUUCCUUCUCAAGUAGGCAGGCUUCAAAGUCUCUUUUUCCUUUCUUUGUCCAACAACCACCUCAAUGCAACAAUCCCCUCAUCUCUAUUUACACUACCUUAUAUUGGAUACUUAAACUUAAGCAAUAACCUGCUCACAGGUCAUAUGGAUCACUUUAUUAGUGAUUCAUUAUAUUCCGUUGAUUUGAGCAAUAACUUAUUGAAUGGCCCAAUUCCAAGUUCAAUCUUUGAAAUUGUAAAGUUGGAGGUUCUCAUCCUUUCAUCCAACUACAAAUUCACAGGAGAAGUCUCAUCUGCAAUUUGCAAGCUAAAUUCUCUCCUAAUUCUUGAUCUCUCAAACAACAGUUUUACUGGAUCCGUUCCACAAUGCCUUGGAAACAUGAGCCUCACUGUAUUGCAUUUGGGCAAGAACAAUUUCCAUGGAAGUAUCUCUGCUGCAGCGUUUUCAAAGGCAAGCAAUUUGGGAUAUUUGAACUUCAAUGGCAACCACUUACAAGGUCGAGUCCCAGAAUCUAUCCUCAAUUGUAAAAAUUUGGAAUUUUUGGACUUAGGCAACAAUGAGAUGGACGACAGAUUUCCUUGUUUCUUGGGAACUCUCUUGGAACUGCAAAUUCUCGUGCUAAAAUCCAACAAACUGCACGGAUCAAUAGAAUGUUCUAAUAUGAUCGAUUCUUUCCACAAGGUACGGAUUUUUGACCUCUCGAACAACAUGUUCAAUGGAUCUUUGCCCACAAAUUAUUUUGUUGGUUUUAAAGCAAUCAUUAAGAGUAAUGAUGAGAAUUUGGGAUACAUGAGGAGCCGGAAUUACUCAUUUGUUUAUUCUGUGAGGUUGACAAUCAAAGGAGUGGAGACGGAGUUCGUGAAAAUCCAAACACUUCUCACAACAAUUGAUUUAUCAGGUAAUAGAUUCACGGGAAAUAUUCCACCAUCGAUUGGGAUGCUAAAAUCACUGAAAGAGCUAAACAUGUCUCAUAAUAAGUUCACAGGCAAAAUUCAAGCAUCACUCAGAAACUUGGCCAAUUUAGAAUCGCUAGACCUCUCUUCCAAUUCUUUUACUGGACAGAUUCCUACGGAACUGGUAGAUUUGACAUUUCUUGAAUUUUUUAAUGUUUCAUAUAACCAACUUGAAGGUCCCAUACCUGAGGGUAAACAAUUCAACACAUUUGAAGUCACUUCAUAUGAGGGGAACUUGGGAUUAUGUGGAUCUCCACUAAAAAAGGCAUGUGAUAAUGGGGAUAAGCAACAACAAACACCAUCAAAUGAAGAUGAUUCAAUGUCUGAAAAUGGAUUUGGAUGGGAAGUUGUAGCAAUUGGAUACGGCUGUGGAGUUGUAUUUGGCCUCAUAAUCGGAUACAUUGUCUUUCAAACAAGAAAACCUCUAUGGUUUGUCACGUUGGUUGAAGAUAGAUCCAAACGAAGGCCAAAAAGAUCCAAAAGGAAUAUUCGUGAAGCUAAUAGAAGAUGAAACACAUAAAUUGUUAUUUAUGCUUCUAGGUUUAUAGAGAGGGUGUAAUUGAUGCGUCGUGAAGUAUUCGGAUGCUUUGCAUUAUAAGUUCACACUUCUCACCAAUUAUUAUGAUAAUUUCAGAGACUCGAUUUCUUUCAAAUAUUGUAAUGUACACAUUUUUAUAAUAUAUCAUUGUUUUUAGAAUUUCAA